CAAAAAUGGCGACUCCCACUAAAAUGGAAUUUGCUGUCCAGAUGACAUGCCAGGGAUGUGUCAAUUCUGUCAGAAAAGUACUGGAUGGUGCACCAGGGAUAAAUUCUGUUGAUGUUCUCCUGGACACAGAACAAGUGAUUGUUGAGAGUUCUCUCCCCUCGUCCCAAGUUAAAGACCUCAUUGAAAUAACAGGCAAGAGAGCAGUCCUGCAGGGCUAUGGAUCCAGUAAUGGCCAAAGUCAUUUGGGAGCAGCUGUUGCCAUAAUGGAGGCUGGAAGUACUUUGAUGAAGGGAGUGGUGCGCCUCGUCCAGACUAAUGAGAUGACCUGUGUUGUGGAGGGAACAGUGGAUGGACUGCCGCAGGGGACACACACUGUGUGCGUGCAUGAACUGGGCGAUCUCUCCAGGGAGUGCAAAAGCUGUGGAGAUAUCCUUGGAUUAACAGACAAGGUUAAAGGCAUUGUCACAGAACUAAAAGUUGGGGAAGAUGGCAGGGGAAUAUUUCGCAGUGCUAACCAUGAUCUGAAAGUGUGGAAUCUGAUUGGUCGAUCAAUGAUCAUACAUCAAGGCCCAAAAGAGGGGGUCAUCAAGGGAGGCAAUUCUAACAGGAUGGUGUGUGGCAUCAUUGCCAGGUCAGCUGGUCUCUUCGAGAACAACAAGAAGAUCUGUGCUUGUGACGGAGUGACGAUCUGGGAGGAGAGAGACAAGCCACUGGCAGGGCAACAGAGACAGGACAAGUCUACACUAUGAUUGGCCAGAAAUCUAAUCCUGGGUCAUGAUUGGUCAAAACACUGAUUCACUUGGUUUCAUACCAAUCAAAUUAGAUCUGGUCAUAUUUUUAAGGCUUAAAAAAAAUAAAAGAAUUGGUUCUCAGACGAUGACUUUUGAACAUUUAGGGCGGGCGGUGUUUUUUCUGCUUGUUUAAACUAGUAUGUAACCAAAAAAACAGUUGUGUACCUGGGAAAGGGCCUCCCUACAUAAACAGCAUACAAACUCCUAUUGCCGCCAUGACCAUUACUCAAGAUGUGCAGUAAAGCAGUGCACAUGUAAAGGGAAGUAACUGUGUGCAUUUUGAAAAUGGAUAUAAAAACGAAAUGUGCGGCAGACUUUGUGAUGAUGUGGGCGGAGCCUGAGAACCAAGUCUUUUAUUUUGUUUAGCCUAAG